AUGUGCUCUCCUGACAACACUGUUAAACUGAACGUUGGUGGUACUAUAUUCCAAUCCACUCAUUCCACACUGACUAAGUUCGAUGGGUAUUUCAAGACAAUGUUGGAGACGGAGAUCCCGAUAUUAAAUUUUAUGAGAGAUGGAGAUGUGAGACUUCCGGAUUCUGAACAAGACGUUGAGGAAAUUUCGAGAGAGGCAAACUUCUACCUGUUGGAGGGACUAAUGGAACUCUGUAGCCGUAAAUUGGAAGUUCCAGAACCUGAAAACGUUUCAAAAAUGAGAUUUUUGGAGUCAGAUGAUGAUGUUCUUCGAGCAAUUGCUUAUCCGGAGAAACCAGUGCUAAUAUUCUAUUAUACUGUAGAUCGCUAUGAUUUUGUUCUUAAGCCAUGCGAGGAUAUCAAGAUUUUUGAGGUUCUGAAAGAAUACGAAACAACGUUCGAUAUUUAUUUUCGAAAGAGAAAGCCUGACGCAAAAUAG